AUGGUUGUCGUCUAUGUCCUUUUUCGUCCAAUAUCAAGAUAUUAUUACAAAAAAGUAAACAAAGUGCUCACAGAAGUACUAUGGUUGGAGCUCAUAUGGCUAGUUGAUUGGUGGGCAGGCGUUAAGAUUGAACUAUAUGCAGAUUCAGAAACUUUUAAAUUAUUUGGUAAAGAAAAUGCACUUCUAAUCUGUAAUCACAGGAGUGACAUUGAUUGGCUUAUUGGAUGGGUUCUAGCUGAGCGUAUGGGUUGCCUUGGUAGUACCGUUGCCAUUAUGAAGAAUGAAAUCAAAUAUCUUCCUGUUCUAGGUUGGUCAAUGUGGUUUGCUGAUUUUUUGUUUCUGGCAAGAAAUUGGGCUAAAGAUGAACAAACACUGAAGACAGGUUUUGCGCAGCAAGUGCGCAAUCCGGUGCCUUUUUGGCUGGCUCUUUUCGCCGAAGGAACUCGCUUUACACAUACAAAACUUUUAGAAGCUCAGGAAUUUGCUAGGUCUAGAGGAAUGCCUAUACCGAAAAAUGUUUUGGUUCCUCGUACUAAGGGUUUUGUCACAGCUGUGAUGCAUACGCGGACAUUCGUUCCAGUCAUUUACGAUGGCACGUUUACAGUUUCAAAGACUGAACCUUCACCUACAAUGUUGAGAAUAUUUCAAGGCAUUCCUUGUACGGUGAAGGUUCAAGUUAAGCGGCACAAAAUGGAGGAAAUUCCGGAAACAGUCGAUGGCAUUGCACAGUGGUGCAAAGACCUUUUUGUCGCCAAGGAUGCUUUACUGGAGCAAUACAAUACUACAGACAUAUUCAGCGAAUUCGAACUUCAAGAAAGUCGCCGACACAAAAGAUCUAUAAUGGUUGUGCUAAGUUGGUCUUGUCUCCUUGGCUUCCUUCUUUACAAAUUCUUCAAAUGGUCUUCGCUCAUGUCGACGUGGCAAGGAAUUUUGUUAACGGUGGUUUUCCUGAUCAUUGUGUCGGCUGUUAUGGAAACACUCAUUCAUUCAUCUCAAUCAGAAAGUUCUAAACCUGCUUUACCUAUACAAGACCCUAUCAAGCAGAGGCUUCUUCAGAAAUGA